AUGAACAACGUCAGCAUAUUCACCGCAGCCGACAACGGCACGCGUACGCCGGUCGCCGCCGCUGCCGACGACGACGUCGACGUCGGCGGCGGGACGCAGUUCUCUCCGGGCACGGUUCCCGUCGCCGUCGUCACCGUCGUCAUGAACGCGCUCGUCAUUGUCGCUAUCGCGCGUACGCCGCGCCUGCAGACGAACACGCACCGCCUGCUCGCAAACCUCGCCGCAGCUAACACCGCCUUCGCACUGUUCCUGAUCGUCUUGUCUCUCGGCGACGUCGUCGUCGGCCGCCACCGCUACGGCAAGUUCGGCUGCUUGCUGGCGAUGGCGGCCAGCAUUCUGAUUACGAUGUCGAGUCUUGCCGGCCUGCUGCUCAUCACUGCCGACCGCUACGUUGCCGUCACGCGGGCCGUCCGCUACAAGACGCUGGUGACGGUCGGCAGGACGCACGCUGUCGUCGCUCUCGCCUGGUCGUACGGCGUCGCCGCCGCAGCGACGUCCUUUGGCGUCGCGAUGCUACACUGGCGCGACGAAUUCGAAGCGCAUUGCUACCUGGAUUGGAUUCUGCCGGCCGGCUUCGUGUACUUCUUCGUCGGUAACUACGUCGUCGUGUUGCUCGUCAUGGUGUACACCUACGUCGCCAUACUGUGUCUGAGUCUGCGUCGGCUCGCGCGCGUCGCCCAUCAGCACGCGGGAAGCGCGACCGUGGCGCCAUCUCCGUUCAAAUCGAGAACGACGCGGAUGACGGUGAUGAUCAUCAGUCUAGCGGUGACGUGCAUGUUACCGCACAUGGUACACAUGGUGGCGAUACACGCGCGCGGCUCGUACGAGCCGUACGGCGCGCUGCGGCGGAUCAGGGCAGUGUUCUUGCUGCUCAACUCGCUCGCCAACCCCUUCAUCUACGUCUGGCAGAACCGACAGUUUCGCGCCGCGAUGCUUGCGCUCGUCUGCGGAAAGUCGUGUCGGCUGAACGUCGGCAACGCGCCGACGACGCAUCAGCCGACGCCGAAGCCGACGCAAGGGUCGACGCAAGGGUCGACGCAUCAGCCGAUGCCGCAGCCGACGCCGAAGCUGACGCAAGGGUCGACGCAAGGGUCGACGCAGCAGACGGCUAGUCCUGCACGGCUAGCUACACCUGGCAGUCCUGCACGGCUGCUACACCUAGCAGUCCUGCACGGCUAG